CUUCAAGAUGUUCUCAAGGAGAAAAAGCACUUGAGUCACCACUUGUUCAACAAUAGCAAAAAGGCAGUCCAGAAUGAGCAGGUGAAGUCAGAGUAUGAGCAGCUCAAAGAGACCCUCGGUGCUGUGACUCAGGAGAGAGAUUCAGCCCUGCGGGAGAAGACCCAGCUCCAAGGCAAACUGGAGAACCUAGAGCAGGUGCUAAAGCAUAUGCGUGAGGCUGCAGAGCGGAGGCAGCAGCUAGAGUUGGAGCAUGAACAAGCCUUGGCUGUACUCAAUGCAAAGCAGCAGGAGAUUGACCUUCUGCAGCAGGCUCAGGUUGAGGCUAAGAAGGAGCAUGAGGGAGCUGUCCAUCUGUUAGAGAACCACUUGGACAGCAUGCAGGCCAAAGUCCGAGAGCUGGAGGAGAAAUGUCGGACACAAAGUGAGCAGUUCAACCUCCUCUCCAAAGAGCUGGAGAAGUUCCGGCUACAGACUGGAAAGUUUGAUACCCUUGGUAGUGGCACCGAUCCCUUAACUGUGUGUGAAUCCCCUGGAUCGCCAAACAAAUCCCUCUCCCAGCUCUUCAACGGGCUGGCCGCCCCCACAGGGAAAGGCAAUGAGAGUCCGCUGAGCAGAUCUGUGAUCUCUGAGUUCAUCCGACCGCUCCAUAUCUGUGAGGACAAGCCGGAGCUCGUGUCUGUAAAGCCAACAUUCCUCACCCGCAGCAGCAGCCGGACUGGCAGCUCUCAACGGGCCCUCCUCACUGAGAUGGACAAAGAACUAAGCUCAACGACUAGGACCAAGAACAGGUUCACAGGCAAGGUCCGUCUGUGCAUCGCCCGGUACAGUUAUAACCCCUGUAAUGGGCCCAAUGAGCAUCCUGAGGCAGAGCUCCCCCUGGUGGCGGGGAAGUACCUCUACGUGUAUGGGACCAUGGAUGAUGACGGCUUCUAUGAAGGAGAGCUGCUGGAUGGACAGCAGGGCCUCGUCCCUUCCAACUUUGUGGACUUUGUUAAGGAUGAGAAGAUGCCCUCUGCUCAGCACAGGGACGGGGCCAAAGAGUCAGGCUACCUCAGUAGUAACCACAGCAGCCUGGGCUCCACAGGGCUGGGCAGCAUGGGCCUGAGCAGCAUCAGCAGCCUGCUGUGUGACAGUAAACUGGACAGCCUGGGCAGCAGUAGUCUGGGCAUGGACUUCCUGGGCUCCAUGGGUUCCUGCAGCAAUGGGACAGGGACCCUGGAUGUCAGCAUUGACGAGAUUGGUGAAAAUAUUGUGCCUUACCCUCGCCGUAUCAAUCUGAUCAAACAGCUGGCCAAGAGUGUGAUCGUGUGCUGGGACCCUCCGGUGGUGCCGCCCGGCUGGGGCUCCAUCAGUGGCUACAACGUCCUGGUGGACAAGGAGGUGAGGAUGAGCGUUCCCUUUGGGGGCAAGACAAAGUCGCUUAUCGAGAAACUUAACCUGGCCACCAAUACCUACCGCAUCUCGGUACAGAGCAUCACAGAGCGGGGCCCGUCUGACGAGCUGCGCUGCACUCUACUAGUGGGGAAGGAUGUGGUGGUGGCUCCUUAUUAUCUGAGGGUAGACAACAUCACACAGGUCUCUGCUGAGCUCUCCUGGCAGCCUAGCAACAGCAACUACAGCCACACCAUCUUCCUGAACGAGGCUGAGUAUGACAUGGUGAAGGCAGGGGCCUACAAGUACCAGUUCUUCCAACUGAAGCCCAUGACCGUUUACAAGGUGAAGGCCGUGGCGCGGACACACCAGAUACCUUGGCAGAUGCCCCUGGAGCACAGGGACAAGAGGGAGAUCUCUGUGGAGUUCUGCACCCAGCCUGCAGGUCCUCCCUUUCCUCCCCAGGAGGUGCAGGUCCAGUUGGGCCAGAACCCCGGGGUUCUGCAGGUGCGAUGGAAACCCCCCAUCCUCACCCCCACUGGAACCUCCAACGGAGCCAACGUGAUUGGCUAUGCUGUGUGCACAAAGGGACAAAAGAUAGCGGAGGUGAUGUACCCAACAGCUGACUAUGUGACAGUGGAGCUGAAUAGGAUCCAGUGUCUGGAGGCCAGGGAGGUCAUUGUCAGGACGUUAUCAGCACAAGGAGAGUCUCAGGACUCCCCCGUGGCCACCAUACCGCACAAUAUCCUGGCGCCUCCCCAUCACUCACCCCACCACCGCUCCCCUGCACACCCCCAUCCUAUGCCUCAACCCCAGCACCAUCAGCCACACACACAAACACACCCGCCAUACCCCCAGACCUACCCCCCAACCCACCCCCAACCUCAGGUCCACCCUCUGCCUCGAUCCCAGCCCCACACCCUGCAUCAUGGUCAGCCUCUGCGCCACCCACCCCCUCACCCCCAGCCCCAACACCAGCCCUACCCCAUGUCUAAGCCCAAUUUAGUAAGUGCCAGAGAGUCAGAAACCAAAGAGUAUGAGGUGGGCCUGCGGCCUGGUCCGCCCUGGGAGCGCUCUCCUUCGCCCCUCCCUCCUACCAUGCGUGGACACACUUUGGAGCCGCCCCACUUCCAGGGGCGUCGUUCACCCUCUCCUCAGAGGAUCCUGCCCCAGCCUCAGGGAGCCCCCAUCCCCAACACCAUCGCCAAGGCCAUGGCCAGGGAAGCUGCACAGAGAGUGUUCGCUGAGAACAACCGUAUGGAGAAGAGGAACAUCUUCAGUGAGCGGAGCGUGAACUCUGAUGAGGAGGAGGAUGGUUAUGUCUCUCCACACACCAGGAGGAGAGGGGCCUCUGUGGACGAAUUCCUCAGAGGCUCUGAACUGGGGAGACAUCACCACUACAGCCACAGUGAGGAGUACCAGACAGAGAGCAGCCGUGGCUCAGACCUGUCUGACAUCAUGGAGGAGGACGAGGAUGACCUGUACUCUGAGAUGCAGCUGGAGGAGGGCCGUCGGCGCAGCAUCAACUCUCACAACACUCUCAAGGCGUAUUACAGGCGUCAGGACCAAGGGGAGGAGAGGGACUGCUGGGACCUACAGAGGGAGGUGGUGAGACAGAAGUCCCUGCGUAGUAAACGCCUCCACAGCAUCCCUGAGGUGGCCGAGGACGAGCCGGACGGAGUGGUAGGGAUGGAUCAUCAUCAUCAGCGCCUGCGCUUUGACGACGAAUGCAGGCCUGGUACACCCUGCAUGCACCGCAGGAGCCCCCGUAUCUACCAGCAGGACCCCCACCAGCACAACCACCUCUCCCCCAGCAAGAACCACCGUCGCCUGCUGCAGCGCCAGCAUUCCUCUCCCCGCUAUGGCUGUAAUUUCGAGGAGCGCAGCCUGAACCGGCCCAGCCGCCAGACCACCAAGAGCCCUGACAGCGGCCUGGACUGUGGCAGUGAGGAGGAGGGCUCUUUGGGGUACCGGGGUUACCCCCACGGCAGCCCCUUAAGGGGUCCUGUCCACUACAUCCACUGUGAGGGGCCGGUAGAGCGACGGGCCCUGGCUGUAGGCAGGAAGAGGCAGCUGACACGGCAGUGCAGCAUGGAUGAGGACCACUGUGACAGCCCUAAGACGGGCCACAUGUCUGACCUGAGGUACAGGGAGGUGCACUACGGGCCAGGCCGGGAGUGGGAGAGGGAACCAGGGAACAGCCCCAGACGCUACCCCAGGGACGGAGCCCUGAGCGAGGGCAGGCUCCACCAGCUGGACAGGCCUUAUCAAAGGGACCUUAGGGCCAGCUAUGUGAACAGGCUCAACAGGGUCUCGGACCAGCCGCCGAUUAUAGGGAACUCCCCUUCCCAUGGAUGCUCCCAUGGCGACCGGCUGGACCAUUCAGGGAGGAGGCCUGUCCAUGGUGGCAACCCCCCACAGCGACGACCCAUGAUGGUUCCUUCCAUUGAGAUCACCAUGAUGGAGAGUAACAGUGAGGGAAGUGAGGGAAACCUCUCACCUGGCAAGGAGGAUGUUUACUAUCAUGGCAGUGUAGCUCGGCGGAGGAUAUGGCAUGACGAUGAUGACUACGGUGGGCAAGGCCGCGGACAUGGCCGAGAGCGGCGGUCGCCAGUGUACUACGAGGAGUCGGAGCCAGAGGACCUGGCGCGUAUAUUUGUGGCCCUGUUUGACUACGACCCCCUGUCCAUGUCCCCCAACCCUGAUGCUGCUGACGAGGAGCUGCCCUUCAAAGAGGGCCAGAUCAUCAAGGUGUUUGGAGAUAAGGACACGGAUGGGUUCUACAGGGCAGAGAUCCGUGACCGCCCGGGUCUGAUCCCCUGUAACAUGGUGUCAGAGAUCCAGACUGAGGAUGAUGGGAUGAUGGACCAGCUACUCAAACAGGGCUUCCUCCCACUCAACACUCCUGUAGAGAAAUUAGUGAUCUGCAACCGCUUCAAAGAUGGUCGCUCAAUAAACCGCAGGUCCCGAAAAUCCAAACGAGAGAGGAACAGGCGGAGUGGGCGUCAACACCCCUCGUCCACACGUAGAAUGGUGGCACUGUAUGACUACGACCCCAGGGAGAGCUCCCCCAACGUGGAUGUGGAGUAUGGGAGAGACAGGCUGAAUGAGGAAGCUGAACUGACAUUCUGUGCUGGUGACGUCAUAACAGUAUUUGGUGAAAUUGAUGAAGAUGGGUUUCAUUAUGGCGAGCUCAAUGGACACAAAGGUCUUGUUCCCUCCAACUUUCUAGAAGAAGUGCCUGAUGAUGUUGAGGUUUUUCUCACUGACACUCAGUCUCGAGAUUCUCGAUACCCGCAGGACGCUGCAGCGCGGAUAAAGACCAAAAGGGUUCCAUUGGAAAAAUCGGGUCCGCCCAGAAGAGCCGCCUCCCCCACAGUGCGCCAACACAUCCCUGGCUCUGGCCCUGCUACAGUGGGGCCUGGCAGUCCCAUCAGGGGCCCCUGCGACUUGUCCUCCAAAAAGAAAAAGGGACUGCUCUCCAAAGGGAAGAAACUAUUGAAAAGACUUGGCGCUGUAAAAUAACCCCUUCAAAUACUUGAAGUAUAUUAUCAACCACAUAAUUCAUCUCCAACACUUCCAUUACUGUAAAUUCAGUCCUGUGAGAAGAAAAAAAGUGGUCAAAAUGUACAAAUGUUGUAUUCUAGAAACCAUAUUUUCUUAUUUAAAUUGCAGUAUGUAUUUUGAAUAUGGUUCAGGGACCUCAUAGUUUGACAUUUAGUGUCAUAAGCCAACCUCUGCUCAUUUAUGUUUUGCUAUCUGAAGCAGAAGACUGUAACACGAUGGAUGAUUUGAAAUAUUCUCAAUUUUGAAGGCCAAUAGGUACGUAGGUGUGUUUGAUGACGCUGUAGACCACAAUGUUCCUCAGAGUAAGAGGGGUUUAUACCAGAGUCUCUUUAGGGCUGAGAUCAAAGGAUCGGGCUCAGAAUGGCCAGUCAACAUCAUACUUGAUAAUACUGCUGGUGGCUCACCUUAACCAAACCUUCACAUUGUAGUACCCAUAUUGAUGCAAGGAAAAGAGCAGUUUUAGGAUCAGGCAGCUGAGGUCAUUUGAACUGUAUAGGUUUGCAUGUUUUACCUAAACCACAUUUAGAAUAAUAAUUCCCAUCCAACCUUUGAAAGCACAUGCUAACUAAUGGCCUUUUCUAUCAGAACUCAAGGCUCAAUUUGCAUGCUUUGUCAGUGCAUUUUUAUGAUAUCGUGUAUGAGCAAUAUUUGCUAAAUGAAUAGUAAAAACAAAUAUUAACUUAAAACAGAAUAUUCAAUACAAACCUAAUUGUCACAUUCAUAUUCAGUUCAAUUCAAGCCCAGGUACACAUUUGACUAGUCACCAACUUAGCACCUGAAGUCACGAUAUGUGCAGUGGUAAAAUAUGAAAAAUCUCCAGAAAGACUUGUCAGAUUGGUCUGGAGAGAAUUUGAUAAGCAAGUAUCAAUUCUUAAGAGCAAGUGUCAGUUCUUCAGGCACACUGAAAUAACUCUGGACAAGGACAUUAGAUAGGACAGGGUUUCAAGAUUCAGUAUAUUUUUGUUGUUGAAUUGUCAUGAAAUGCCUAGUUGAAACCAACCUCCCAUGUAUUUGCCUUAUAAAUGCACAAUGGUUUGUAUUUUGUCCAGUGAGUGGUGUUAUGUCCUGUAUGCAUUCAAGUCAUUGCAUUACUUUUGAAAUGUAUUUGUAAAUUAUGUUGAUCAAGACUAGUGAUGUGCAGGUUAUUACUUGUAGGAAUGUUUUUUGGAGGACCUGCGCAUUAUAAUGACAUUCAAACAAAAUUCAAUACAAAAAAGGGGGAAAUGUAAAUGUGUAUUUACGUUUUAAUGUUUCACACUAUUUUUGCACAAAAAGACUAAUGAAAAAAAUAAGGCACUUUAUUUUGUUCUUCAUGUUAAACAUGCAAUGUAUUUACUGCAUUCACAAUCCCAUUUUGACACGUUUGUGUACAAGACAAUGGAUGUGAAAGAAAAGCAAUUGAAGCCCAGUUUAAUUAAAUGUUUCCAAGAUAAGUUGCAAUCAGCAGUUGUUAUUAUUUUUGUUUCAAACUAAGUUUUGUAGAGUACACUCCAAACUUGCAAUUCUUGGAAGCAGGAAAAUGUUUGACUUAUGACAGAGACUAGGUUUGAUUGAAUAACCAUCAGAUAAAAGCCCUAUAUAUCAAGUUGUUGUUACAUAGAAAUUGUGAUUUAAACAAGACAAGUCUACCUCCAUAAUGACCCCUAUAAGUUCUACUAAUUUGACUACAGGUUCACAGAAGUCAACUCUCCAUUUCAUAUAUUUGCAAAGGGUAGAAGUACUGUAUUUGUGUCAGCACCCAACUAGCACAGAGUAGUGAAUGUAUGAUUAAUUGAAAGCCAAUUUAUUUUAUUUAUCAAAACUUUCCAUUAGGAGUAUGCAGAUGUCCAGCGUUCUCUGGUCCAGUUUGUAUGUGAAAUGAAACCUUCCAUCUGUAAAAUCCUUACACUAUUUUGUUAAUCAUUUCAUCCUUCCAUUCACUUUAUAUCACAGCUUUUUCUGGACAACACUACUUUCAUGAGAUUUGAACUGAGACUGCCAAAAAAGAAUGUACGAAAAGCAUUCUGUACAACUUUCUGUACAAUUGUCGGUCAUUGCUUCUAUAUAUAUUGUUUUGACUGUUGCUCUUUUUGUACUUUGUCCAUUUGUAAAUUGUUUUUAAAUGUUUAUACUUGAUUUUCAGACUGCCUUUUUUGUACAUUAAAAUUUAUAAUCAAACAGUGCAAAGCUUUCCCCAUGGUGUCUUCAAAACCAUAAUGUUUUAAAAGUCUGCAAUUGUGUGCUAGCUUUAUGACAAAAAAUAUCAGCCUAUAUUGGUGGUUACAAAAUAUUGUGUGGGUGUGCAUGUGCAAAAAAUUUUAUCAAAUAAAUUUCAUAUUUUGUAA